UAGGGAUUUAUAUGGUAAAGUCUUCUAAAAGCACAAUUGCAUUGAGUUCCUUCUGCUUAGGUCUGCCAAGACAAUGUGAAUAAAAACAAACACAUUCAAAGCCUUGAAACUAAACCCUCAUCAGGAAUAAUCUGAAGAUGAAACGGCAAUUAUUCCCGAACAAUCCCUUUUUCCCCUUUUCUCUGAAAUCGUUUUGACACUCUGGACUUAUUAGACGCGUGCGUCAUAGUGCCGAGAGCCCCCUUCACCAGAUUCCAACCAGCCUGCCCCUCUCUGAUUGGCCUCAGUGUUGUCCGUCCAGUCCAGUUUAUUGUUUAGGUGUACUCCUGGCAACUUGUACAAGGCUUCUAUCUCUAUUUUAUCCCCCUGGAUGGUAAGUCAACAACAACAACAAUGGAGUGAGGAAAAUCCUGAGGCAGAUAAUAGGGCCUCAGUCCUACAGCCAGCAGCUCUAUAUCUGGAGUCCUGAUCCCCUCCAUCACUGUUACAUGUCCAGGGUUAGUUUUGUUGGUUGCUACUUGGCCUAACCAAUAAGAAAAUAAUAUUUAAAAAAUAAUAAUAUGGGACAUGAACUCCAGUCUCCUGGGUGAAAGAGUUUAUCCAUUCAUCCAAUGCAUGGAUGGAAUAGGGCCUUGGCUCAGACAUCGGAACAUUUUAUGAUUUUAUUUAUUUAUUUUGGGGCGAGAGAACUUUAGCCAAUCAGAGCGAAGGGGCCGGAGCCCAGGCCCCUGAGGCCCCCCUCCUGCCUGCUACUGAGGCUGUAUCUGGUGAUGAUGACAAUGUACUGUCAGGGUGAGGCAUAAAGCUGCCCUACACAUCACCCUGAACAGAGGGAGAGAAAAAAGAGACAGUGAUUGAAAUACGUAGAGAGAGGACCUGGUCAAGCUCUCUAACAUAACUUGGAUACAAACAAUGGACUCUAACAUGACUAUUGUGAGACCAGCAUACUUCGUUAUCAGUGGCUUUUCAGGAAUCCCUCAUGUUAACUACUACUAUUUAUUUUUACUGGUGCUCUACAUCAUGUCAGUGGUGGAAAACAGUGUAGUGAUGGCCUUGAUAUGCUUAGACCAGAGUCUCAAGACUCCAAAGUAUAUUGCUGUGUUUAACUUGGCGUUUGUAGACGUGGUCGGCAGUUCCUCCCUGGUGCCCAAGGUUAUCGACACGUUCUGGUUCGACCACAAGUACAUCACGUACAGCAACUGCUUAACUUAUGAGUUUUUUAAUUAUAUGACCCUCACCAUGCAGUCUCUUAAUCUGGUUGUACUCUCCUUCGACAGGCUAGUGGCGAUCACCUUUCCAUUACGUUAUCAGAUCAUUGUGAGUCUGAAGACCAUGUUCUCACUGAUAGCUGCUUGCUGGAUUAUUGCCAUCCUUGUCAACUUGAUAGCUGUAGGGCUUCUAACACGACUGUCCUACUGCAGGUCUGUUGUUAUCGACAGCUAUUUCUGUGACCAUGCACCACUUUAUCGACUCGCCUGCAAUGACAAUCGGCCUAAUUAUAUACUUGCCAAAGUGUUACCAGCUAUUAUUCUUUGGGUUCCAUUGCUGUUUGUCUUGAUCACUUACACAUCCAUUGGUGUUGCUCUGUCUAAAAUAGCUGGAGCCCAUGAUAGAAUGAAGGCUUUCAAAACAUGCAGUGCUCACAUGAUUUUAGUGGCAAUCUAUUACUUACCAAUUCUAUUCACUUUGGCUUUGGAUGCUAAAGUGCCUCCAAAUGUCAGGAUCAUUAAUAUGUCUCUCGCUGCUGUCCUACCUCCAGUGUUGAACCCACUCAUUUAUGUUUUACAGACUCAGGAAAUUAAACAGUCUCUGAAAAAGGUGUUCAAAAGAAUAAAACGAUCAAAAAUUGCUAUGAAAUAGAAGAUCCAAAUUUAAUAUUUUAUUUAAGAUAUUGUGUUGUAUGGUGCAUACUUUGAUACGUUUAUUGUUGAAUGCAAGUGAGGGAUUACAUGCAAGUAUGUAAAUGUCAUUGACUUCUGCAAUAUGUAAGAUUGAGGCCCUCACAAUUAGUAGGCGAGAGACUUUCAGCUCAAUAACAGAGUUCUGUUCACUCUAACUGCUCUAAUAGCUAGGCAAGCGGGGAGGCCUGAGUGGGAGGGGUUAGGGACUGUUGAUAUGAAGCAUCUUGCAAACAGAGGUAUGGUCUGGCAAACAUUGUUCAUAGCAACUAUAUUGGUUUGAGGAUGCUAUCGAUUAUAUUAUUGACAUUUUUCCUGCCGAUAAAAUGACAGAAUUACCAAAUAAUUAGCUCAAUAUCAUUACAUUUUGCACAUUGAAUGUGUCUUGUUUACAUUGAGAACAGCCUAGCACAUGAUUCUGUUUGUACAAUAAAGUGUAAAAACUAUUUUAAAAUAACCAGGGGCAUUUAUUAUGUGUAAAUAAAUCAAAGUGAAAUAUAAAAAAGGGUUAAGGCUUUUCUUUUAAAUGAAAAGACUUGCGUUACUGUGUAUAUACGAUUGUCUGAGGUUUGUACAUAUUUUAAUCCAGGCUUAUCAUAUGUUUGGUUUAAUAAAGUAUUUCUAAGUAGAAAGAAUGUCUCUGACAAGAAUUAACUAACCCAGGGCUUUGGUCAUGCAAGCAAGAAAAAUAUUGUGUCCGGGCGGGACCUCUUCUCCUUCUUUGGUUUAUUGGCGGCUGGCAAACCAAUGUUAAAAGGUGCAUGCUGCUGACUACUAUUCAUCGAAUAACAAAUAUGAUCAAGAUCAUCAUUAUCUAUAAUCUUUUCAUUAAUUAAUAUCAGCAUACUACUCCAUGUGCCACCUUUAAUAUUCAUGCAUUUUGCAGUUGCAAUAUCAUUUUAUUGACCCAGGUGUUUAUGAAUAGGGUUCAAUUUCAAUUCAAUUUCAUUAGUAUAUUUCCAUGGGAAUCACUCCUGAGCAGGGCCGUGCACAGACAUUGCCGUGGGAAGUACGAGGACAUCAAUCCCCCUGUUGUAUUGAUGACAGAAUGAUAAUGAUUCUGUUCAAUCUGAUAUAUUUACAAUGAUGCUGAUAUAAACUAAUGAAUCUGCAGUAGUUAAAACUACAACAAUAAUACAGCUAUCAUGGAAAAGUAAACACCAAAGAAAUAAAUGUAAGCCGUUUCUCAAUUUGCGUUCUUAUCUGUACUUGUGUACUUGCGUUCUUGUGAAAGGUCAUCAGUGGUAGCCCAAGUACUGUUCCAAUUAAAAGUUUGCAUCAAGUCAAGUAUAGUCUACCAACCUGGGAAUGUUCUUGAUUCGUUCUUAAACUGGCCAUUCCAUCGAGGAUGCAUUUCCCCGCUUAGUAUCUUUUCAUUUAUACAAAUGACACUGACAUCUGUCAAAAACCUACCUAUAUACCGUUUACAUAUAGAGUCCUAUUUAAAAAAAAAAUAUUUGUAUCUAAGCUAUAAUAUAGGCUAUAUAGGAACAUUUUAGAAAUAUAACAAAAA